AUGCCUUCGUUCGUGGAGCUUCCCAGCUCAAGCACUACUGGUACAGAGUCUCCUGAAGACUUGGCGACAGUACCAACAGAAGCGGUGCACGGUCCUGGUUUCGUAGAAGAGAAAGAUGUGGAGUCUCCGGUUGCAAACUUGCCACUUGGCUCGCCAGCUCCAUCUCACCCCACUACGAGCACAAACGAAACCGUUCCGGCAGCAUCGGAAGAUACGAUUGUGUCGUGUGGUGGCGAUGCUACUCUCGUGAGAGCAGAGACGAUUGUGUUCACGUACGCUCUCGAAACGAGCACAAAUGGACUAGCCGCCGUGGAGUUUGUAAGAAAGGAAAUGGAGCGGGCGUUGGCGAGGGAUAUUGCCAACCUUCUCCUGCCGUGUGACGUGGACAUUGUGCAAGCGGACAAUGCAUUAGGGUUUGAAGCUGUCGACCAUGUCCCGGAGGAUAGUUUCUCCGAGGAAGGUGACUGCGACGCAGUUGUGGACACUAGACAUGCCUGCACAGUGUUUGACGGUAUUUUGACAGUCUAUAUCUCGCCAGAAGCGGACUUUGAACUUGCCAGAUAUUACACAUUGACAGCCAUCCGUGAGACGAUUUCAUUGCUCGACGCCCAGAUCAAUGAUCUAGAACGAGCGGCUUAUCUUGGCCCAGAAAUCGUGAACCCUAUUGCAUUCGGUGAUUCCGAGGAAGCACCCCAGAACAUUGCUCCAGGCCCCAAUAACAUCAACGCAUCCCUUGUCCUGUUUGCCGUUGGUGGCUGUGCCUUCGCGGCCUCUGUCGGCUUAGUUUACUAUUUACGAAGGCAUGGAACUUCUUCAUCGUCGUUUGGAGCGGCAACACAUGCUGCGGGAUUUGAUCAAGAUGGCAACAUGAGUGCGAUUUUGGAGCUAGACGAUGAAUCUGCAACUCAGAGAUCUGGCGUGGUGUCCGAAUCAGGGUACACCACUGACGAGGAUGGAUCGACUGCCAUUUCAAUGGAUGGGACCGCAUCUCUGAAUCGUCUUAACUCGCCAAUGCUUGGCGCAAGAAAGCGAUAUGAUACAUCAAUGGAUUCCCUGCUCGAAUUGAUGUAA